AUGUCAGAUUCACCAGAUAUCUACGAGACAGUUCCCCCAUCAUAUCAGUCAUCAUUGAUUCCAUUCACUAGACAAUUGACAGAUGUCCCUGACCCAGAAACUCGAGUUGUUAAACAUUUAGAUCAAAUAAUUGGUCCUACCAUUCCAGCCUUACAUAGAGGUAUUUUCAAAGCUAGCAGAAAUCAAGGUGUAUUGUCACAUAAUAUCAUCAAGUGGUAUUAUCUAUUGGAAUCAUCAACUAUUGCCUUGUGUAAGAGAGUUGAACGAUUGAUAAUACAAACUUGGACAUUGGGUUGUGAUUCAGAAACAUUUGCUGAGCAAUUUGUAUUGGGCUUUGAUUUAUGUUUUGCAAAAUUGCCAUUUACUGGGAAUAUGAUUAUUGAAGAUUGCGAAUUGAGAACAUUAAAGGACUUGUUUGUUGAUUUAUUUAGUCACAAGAAAAUUAUUGAUAUUAGUAUGGGAAAAUGUCAUCGAUUGAUUAUGGAAAAGAAAAGAAAUAAUUUCCAAGAUUAUAUUUCCAUGAAGAUGAAAGCAAAAUAUGGAUUUGAAAUGUUUUGUGAUACUGAUGUCUUUUGCAGUAGUUUGUUUACUGUGACCUUGUUGGUUUAUGUUGAAAAAAUGAAGCCUUGUAGGGUCUUACAAACUAUACAAAGAAAAUCAAGUGAGUCAAAAUUUAGAGGAUUUGUUUUGGAUAAAGUCAAAGAGAAACUCAGUUUACAUAAACCAAACCUUUCAUAA